AUGAGCACCGAACCACUCCCUGGCCCUCAUCAAGACAUAGAAUACCUUUCGCUUCCGCGUUUCAACCGCUCCCUCGACUUCGAUUUCACAGUCAAUGAGGAAACCUACAAUGCGACAGUCUCUUACGCCCUCACAUAUGCGCCUGACGAGACGACCUGGCCUGUCCUGGUAUUUUUCAAUGGACUAGGAGGCCAUCGUCUCAUUGCUGCGCUUAUCGAAGGCAUUGUACGCGAGCAUGGUGUCCAAGUGCUCACUAUCGACAAACACGGAGCCGGCGAAUCUAAAGUGGUGAAUCUGCCAAAGAACACACCAUUUCCACUGGAGGCCCGGACCCGCUUCAUGCAUACCGGCCUGCUUGCCGUUCUCGCUCGCCACAACAUUACCCAGUUCGCGGUGCUCUCCCACUCAAACGGUCUCUAUUACGCCCUGUACUCCCUUUUGAAUCUUCCUCCCUCAAUCACCCCGCUCAGUUGGACAUUAACCGGUCCAUUCGUCCCGCCUAGCAUCAGCGGGUCGGCCUCUCUCCGAUUCGCAUCCAUGUUACCUGCAGCAUUGCCAAAUUCUCUGGGUACGAUACUACAAGCAGCCCCAGCAUUAGGAGCAGCCGUUAACUGGAGUGGUGGAAUCCUCUCCACCAGCGCUGGACUGUUUUCCGGUGCUAACAAGUAUGAUGAGGAAAGCGACACGAAAGGCUUUCUGGAUCGUCAUAUUGGCCCUAGCUUGCGUUCGGAGGCGAUGCGACGUGGUCUGGCAGAGUCCAAGAUUUCUAUGGGUCAGGAAGCUGUCUUUAGUCUGCAUGGUGGGGAACCGGCUGCGGAUAGCGACAGCGCCAAUUGCAUCUGGGGUAUCGGGCCUGGCUCAACCGACGGUGACAUCCUCAAAGGCGCAUUCGAGCGUAUUGCAGAACGUUACCUGCACCCAAGCUGCCCACCCGGAAUCCAACUCAGCGUCAACGUUGUAUAUGGUGCAGCAGACGGGAUGGUUCCAAAGCAAGGCAGAAACUGGUUGAGGGAGCUGUUGGAGACAACAGGACUGAUUGGAGAGGGCGAUAAGCGUGCGUGGAUUGAGAUCCCCGAUGCCGGUCAUGAUGAUAUUCUAUUCUUGGAAGAGGUAGUCGGUUGUAUAUUGCGGAGGGUAAUUGGGUAA